CUGCGCUACAGCGGAGAAAGAGGAGGAGGAGGAGAAGACUGCUUCGCUACUGUCGGGUUUACAGUUCAAGUAUCGUCUUUCUGCUUCAGUACACGGACUGGCAUUGCAGCUGGGAGAGCCUAGAGACUGUUUACUGUUUAUUUAGAUCUGUUGCAACGAGGUUUUCUCCGCUAAACGACGCAAACAUCGGCGCUGACGGGAUCGCACCUGCCUCGGAGUAUGGACAACAAAGACUGAUCCAACACUGCGCUGCUGUGCGGCAGCAAACCGAGCCAGGCUGCCUGCGAAACCUCCAAGAAAUUCAUUUAUUUACGAGCCUGUGCUGCACACCGGUGCUGCAAGAGGAGGGUUUGCGUGCAGGAAAUUUGGUGUUGGACUUCUACAUUGCAGGCCGAUCCGAUCCGAUCCGUGCCUUGCUGGGUUUAAUUAUAGCAACACUUUGCAUGCGCGUCUUAGUUUCGCUCGGACAUUGAGUAGUAGAGAUACAUUUGAAGGGUCGAGGAGGAGAGCAGGCCUACAUCUGUGUUUAAUAAUUUAAUAAUCGCUGCUGGACACAGUCACACGGAGCAGCAGGCAGUCCUCUUUGUUCAAUGUUCCCUUAAAAACCAGGAGAAUUAUGUGGGUCAGUCCCGAAGAUGUGUUACUGGCGGGCGCGUUAUGGAUCACCGAGAGAGCAAAUCCAUAUUUCAUCCUUCAGAAACGGAAGGGCCACGGAGAUGGAGGCGGAGGUCUGGCCGGUUUGCUGGUUGGAACCCUGGAUGUCGUCUUGGACUCCAGUGCUCGGAUGGCCCCGUAUAGGAUCCUGUACCAGACUCCUGACUCUUUAGUUUACUGGAUCAUUGCUCAUGGAACCUCCCGCAAAGAGAUCACAGAGCACUGGGAGUGGCUGGAACAUAACCUGCUGCAGACUCUCUCCAUCUUUGAGAAUGAGAAUGACAUUACCACCUUUGUUAAAGGAAAAGUUCAGGGCAUCAUUGCAGAGUACAACAAGAACCACGACGUCAAAGAGGACGACGACACAGAUAAGUUCAAGGAGGCCAGCGCCAAGUUUCGUAAGCUGUUCGGGAUGCCGGAGGAGGAGAAGCUGGUCAACUAUUACUCCUGCAGCUACUGGAAGGGCAAGAUGCCACGACAGGGAUGGCUUUACCUCAGCAUCAACCACCUCUGCUUCUACUCCUACUUACUAGGAAAAGAAGCCAAGCUGGUGGUGCGUUGGGCAGAUAUCACCCAGCUGGAGAAGAGCGCCACCCUCCUGCUGCCCGACGCGAUCAAGGUGAGCACCCGCAUCAACGAGCACGUCUUCUCCGUCUUCCUCAACAUCAACGAGACCUUUAAGCUGGCCGAGCAGCUGGCCAACAUCGCCAUGCGUCAGCUCCUGGACAACAAAGGCUUUGAGCAGGACCGCUCGCUUCCCAAGCUCAAGAAGAAGUCACCCAAGAAGGUGUCGGCACUAAAGAGGGACUUGGAUGCGAGAGCUAAGAGUGAGCGUUACCGGGCACUCUUUCGUCUGCCCAAAGAUGAAAAACUGGAUGGACACACAGACUGCACCCUCUGGACCCCCUUUAACAAGAUGCACAUCCUGGGACAGAUGUUUGUGUCCACCAACUACAUCUGCUUCACCAGUAAGGAAGAGACGCUGUGCAGCCUCAUCAUCCCGCUACGAGAGGUGACCAUUGUGGAGAAGGCAGACAGCUCCAACGUGCUGCCCAGCCCGCUCUCCAUCAGCACCAAGAACCGUAUGACUUUCCUGUUUGCUAACCUGAAGGACCGAGACUUCCUGGUCCAGAGGAUUUCUGACUUCCUGCAGCAGACCACCUCCAAGAUCUACCUAGAGAGGGAGCUCACUGGCAGCCUGAACAGCUCAGAUGAUGAGGUUUACUCCCAGCCUGGAUCCCUGCUCUCCAGCAGCCCACAGCACAGUCUGGGCUCAGAAAGCGAGCGUACAUUCAACCUGAACGACAGCAGCGUGCCCACAGCCACACAAGCCCUGAUGACCAUGUACCGCCGCCGCUCACCUGAGGAGUUCAAUCCCAAGCUGGCGAAGGAGUUCCUGAAGGAGCAGGCGUGGAAGAACCACUUUGCAGAGUACGGACAGGGGGUGUGUAUGUACCGCACCGAGAAGACGAAGGAGCUGGUCCUCAAGGGGAUUCCUGAAAGCAUGAGAGGAGACCUGUGGCUACUCUUCUCUGGAGCGAUCAACGAGAUGGCCACCCACCCCGGCUACUACGAAGACCUGGUGGAGAAGUCGAUGGGCAAAUACAACCUGGCAACAGAGGAGAUCGAGAGGGACCUGCACCGCUCUCUCCCCGAGCACCCGGCCUUUCAGAAUGAGAUGGGCAUCGCUGCCCUCCGCAGGGUCCUCACAGCCUACGCGUUCAGAAACCCCAACAUCGGAUACUGUCAGGCUAUGAAUAUUGUGACAUCUGUGCUGCUGCUCUACGCCAAAGAAGAGGAGGCUUUUUGGCUGCUCGUGGCGCUCUGUGAGAGGAUGCUGCCUGACUACUACAACACUAGGGUCGUAGGUGCCCUGGUGGAUCAGGGGGUGUUCGAAGAGCUGGCCCGCGAGUACGUUCCUCAGCUGUACGACUGCAUGCAGGACCUCGGUGUCAUCUCCACUAUCUCGCUCUCCUGGUUCCUCACCCUCUUCCUGUCUGUCAUGCCGUUCGAGAGUGCAGUGGUGGUGGUGGACUGCUUCUUCUACGACGGCAUCAAGGUCAUCUUUCAGCUGGCACUAUCCGUGCUGCAUGCUAACAUCCACCAGCUGCUGGGCUGCAAGGAUGACGGAGAGGCCAUGACCGUACUGGGCAGAUAUUUGGACAGUGUGACCAAUAAGGACAGCACCCUCCCUCCCAUCCCCCACCUGCACUCCUUACUGACAGACAACGGAGAACCCCAUCCAGAGGUCGACAUCUUCAAGCUGGUCCGCAGCUCCUACGAGAAAUUCGGUUCAAUCCGUGCAGAUGUGAUCGAACAGAUGCGUUUCAAACAGAGACUGAGGGUCAUCCAGACCAUUGAAGAUACAACUAAACGCAACGUGGUCAGGACUAUUGUAACAGAGACUGCCUUCAGUAUUGACGAGUUGGAGGAGCUCUAUGUUCUCUUCAAGGCUGAGCACCUGACCAGCUGCUACUGGGGCGGCAGCAGCAACCCCACAGAGCGUCACGACCCCAGCCUGCCCUACCUGGAGCAGUACCGCAUUGACGUGGAGCAGUUCAAAGGCCUGUUCAAUCUUCUGUUCCCUUGGGCCAACGGAUCCCACUCAGACCCCCUGACUUUGCGCUUCUUCCGUCUCCUCGACCAAAAUGGAGACGCUCUCAUCAAUUUUCGGGAGUUUAUUAAUGGCCUUGGCGUCCUCUAUCACGGGGACCUCACUGAGAAGCUGAAGCUCCUCUACAAGAUGCACGUCAUACCUGAAGUCACUCAUGAACAGGAAGAGCCUGACUCUGCCUUUGAGGCCACGCAGUAUUUCUUUGAAGACAUCACUCCAGAAACGUCCAUCGGUCACGACUCAAAGUGCAGAGGUGAACGGGACGAUGGAUUCGUCAGAGUUACAUUUAAGACUGAAAAAGUGAAGAAACUGAACACUCCUGAAUAUCGCCAUUACCUGAAACUGUGGAACCAGGAGACAAAACCUAAACUAGAAAACACAAAAGACCUCCCCAAGCUGAAUCAGAGCCAGUUUAUCGAGCUUUGCAAGACCCUCUACAGCAUGUUCAGUGAGGACGUUGCAGAGCAGGAGCUCUAUCACGCCACAGCGACAGUCACCAGUCUGCUGCUGGAGAUGGGAGAGGUGGGAAAGCUCUUCUCCUCCACUGGCAGAAAGGACCACAACAUGGAGAGUAAAUCAGAGCCAAGCCUGUGUACAAGAGAUGCCACAGAUCCCAAAACCACCCAGGAGGCCGUGCUUGAUGGCGUGUUCCAGCAGCGGGGCCAGGGCGACGGCUUUGCUUCUGCAGGUCUGGAGACCAAGCCAAGCCCUUGUGAGGAGGGGAAAGGGGACGAAGGGAGCGAGCAGCUGCCACCUAUGCAAGACAUCAAGCUGGAGGACUCGUCUCCCAAAGACACAGGCAUGUCGUCCGCCAUGCUUAUCUCGGAUGAUGAAACUAAAGAUGACACUUCGAUGUCGUCUUACUCGGUGCUCAGCGCAGGCUCCCACGAGCUGGAUGAGAAGCUGCAGUGCGAGGACAUUGCAGACGACACAGUGCUGGUGCGCAGCGACAGCGGCCCCAGCGGUGAAAGAGGUAACCAGCCCCACGGUGGUGGACCCCAUGACAGAGGGCUGCCUCACAGCACAAGCAUUGAUAAAGACUGGGCCAUCACGUUUGAGCAGUUCCUGGCCUCUGUGCUCACUGAGCAGGCCCUGGUGCAUUAUUUUGAGAAGCCAGUGGAGGUGGCUGCUCGUAUAACUAACGCCAAGAAUGUGCGGAAAGUCGGGCGCCCCUCGCUGUCGACAAGUGACUAUGAGAUCUCGCUAUCUGGCUAAAGAUUUCACACACAGACUUUUUAAAAGGGAAAUGUGAUCAUCAUUCAUUGUGUAUAAAUGUCUCGCUGAGUUUUAGAGGACAAUGAAGGUCAGUGUAUGUGUAUGAUAGCUGAAUGAAUGUGACCAAAAACUGCUCUUAGCGACAAAUUUUACCAGAUGUGAAAGACUUUUAUUAUAACAAUCACCAGAUUCUGUCCAGCUGAGAGAGAACUGGACGUUAAUAUUAAGGUUUGCUCAGAUGAAAUCAGUGUGUACAUGUACUGUAGUAGCUGUACUUUAUAAAGAUAUGCAUAGGUAUUAAUAUUGUAAUCUCUAGUAUUCUUAGGCGAUGUAGAUGUUAAUGUCCACAGAAACAUCACAGUUCCAAAUUGGGAUAACGAUAGUCUACGUACGAUCACCUAACAUUAUACAAGCUCAAACUAUCGCUUCCUUACUUUACAAUUCCAUUUGCUGUUAAUCACAAAACGUUUUUAAUUUCUUCAUCGAAUGACAAUACAGAUAGAAAACGAAGCUGUGAAAAUUCAACGAUGAAUGAAUUUUCAUGUACAUAUUAUUAUGUGUCACUUUGGCUUUCCACACACACCCACACAUAGACACACACCUACGACUUCCUAGACCUACACUCACUAAAAUAAUGUUCCCAAUAACUGCCGUUUCCCCCGAUAUUUAUUGGUAAUCUCAAUCUUUUUUUUUUUGACUCAAAAGAAAACACACCUGAUGGCUGAGGAAUCAACGUGUCCUAAGAAACGAUGAUUACACUACUGUUGAAUGAAGGACCUGCACUUUCUGUACGUUUACAUCAUAAUGUGAUCCACUAAUACAUUAUGGCCUUUUUUUCUUAACAUGUUUUAACCUUUUUGCUCUGUACAUUUUUACAUUGCUGUUUUUUUAUGUGAAUAUUUUUUUUUUAUUAUUAUUUUAAAUGUCCAGGUAUUAUUACUCUGGAUUCUGAUGCAUUGUGUAUCACUCCAUCUAAUUAAAGUAACAGUACGAUUGAUUCGAAGCUGCACAGAACA